CUGUGAGGGAUUGGUCAACCCAGUCACGCGAUGAUGGGAAGUAAAGAGAGAGAAAAAAACACUGAAAGCGUUUCUGCCAUUCAGAGCAGCAGCUGCGGCUUCAGGGAGAUUUUUAACUCUACAAUUAUGAGUGAAUCACUGGUCGUGUGUGACGUGGAUGAAGAUCUGGUGAAGAAGUUGAAGGAGUUUCGCUUCCGGAAGGAAACCAACAAUGCGGCCAUCAUUAUGAAGAUUGAUAAAGACAAACAGCUCGUUAUUCUCGAAGAAGAGCAUGAGGAUAUUUCACCUGAUGCUCUAAAGGAUGAACUGCCCGAGAGACAACCCAGAUUCAUCGUCUACAGUUAUAAGUAUCAACACGAUGACGGGCGCGUGUCCUAUCCGCUCUGCUUCAUCUUCUCCAGUCCAGUGGGAUGUAAACCGGAGCAACAGAUGAUGUACGCAGGAAGCAAAAACAAGCUGGUGCAAACGGUUCAACUGACCAAGGCGUUUGAGAUCAGGAACACAGAGGACCUAACGGAAGAUUGGCUUAGAGAGAAACUUGGAUUCUUUCGCUAAGUAAGGUCUUCUCAUCCGGAGGCUUGGGAUGCGAGGGGGAUCCUGACCGCACAACCAUGCUCCAUCUUUCAAGAAGAACACACUACAGAUGUUACCUUCCUCUCUCGGCGGACCUGAUUUUAAAUAGCUUUUGCAAAUACUCUGCACUUAACGGCCACAUCGGUGAGGUUUAAGAUAUAUAUAUAUAUAUAUAUAUUGUAUUACAACUCGGCAUGUGCCAGAAUGUUCAGACCAUCACGAGAGUUCGAGCGCCACCUCUGUGACCGUCAACAAUCACGGCCAUAUCUAAACUUCGCCCGUCCGGUUGCCUCAGUCUGCAAAUGCUAUUUGAUUCAGGUCUGCUUUUGCCUCCCAUACCAUCUGUCCAUGUGCCAGUGAUGUGUCUGUACUGAAUUAUCACUCCUGUAGGUUUUUAAAGUGAACAGAAACGAAACGUGUGUUUCCGCCUUUUCCGAAGCAUGCUCUCGUCAUCCCGGGGGGGAACUUAGCGCCUUCGUAGCUACGGUUUCUGUUUCCUUAGGAAGUUUACACUCAACGAUUUUGCAACUGAGGCCCUCCUCAGUCGAUCUGUUUUUACCUUUUUUUUCUCGGUUUUUUGGAAGUCCUACCGGCUAAUCUUUUUUUGUUUUUAUUAUUUCUGGUGUCUGUAGGUUAGAUUUAUGUUGCUUUUAGAGCAUUUCUUUUCCUAUUAGUUGUAGCUAGAAUCCAGAAAACACUACUGAGGUCCUCCAGUACUCACCCGAGGGCAUUUAAAUGACAAGGUGCAUACUGUCAGUAGCUCCCUAGAAGACAAAAACACUAACACUCACACCUAGUGAAGUAAACUGAGCACAUGAGCGAGAAACCGUGGCUAAAAGUAUUCGGUGCCUUGCGAAAGUCUUCACACCCGUUGAGCUUUUUCACAUUUUGUCAUGUUGUAAACACAAACUUGAUCUUUAUGAUACUGUCUCUUCAGUGAUGUACUCAAUUGAAACUCUGAGGUCUCUUCAUUCAGACAACUGACAACAUCCAGAGAUUUACUCCAACAUUGGAGUAACGGGGGAAUAAAUACACACACUUUUCAGAUUUUUAUUUGGUAAGAAAUUUUGACAGCCAUGCGUUGUCCUCCUUCCACUUCACAAAGAUCAUUUCCGCAGUUAUUUGUUCUUGUACUCUAUCUGCAUACAAUUUCUGCAACAGAGUGACACCAAUCGUACAAGAAGUCCUUUUUAAAGAAAUGUGUUUUUGUUAAGUUUUUUUUUGAUGCUUCCAAAAAUAUUGAACAUUCGAUUAAAAACAGAAAUCAUUCUCUUUUUGUAAAAAAUGGAUGUUUUUAGUUGACCUAAAAUACAAAGACAAAUUUCAUAAAUUUAUGUAGGACAAUAGUAUCUUAUUGGAAAAAUGACUUAAAUAAAUUUUAUGUCAUACUUGCUUCAGUAGGAGAAAGAGCAACAAUGGUUUAGUUUUGGUUUGUAAAAGUCGCUGACCCCUGACCUAUCGCACAACAUCCCCAAUAAAAUACAUUACAGAUUGUGGUUAUAACAUAACAUCAUACGGAAAAGCUCAAAGCUUCACUUUUGCAAGGCACCGCAGCCCUGUUGGUUUGAAUAUGGAUGACGUUUCUUCCUCUUUAAAGAAAAUAAAAACUCAACAUGAAUGAUGGAUAAUGUCUUUGACCUGCAUAUUUCUUGAACGGUUCUAACCAGGGUACAGUAUUUCCACAUACAUUCCAAACACAAACCUUUUCUUUUAAUUAUUAUUUUCAUUCAAAACUUUAGUAACCACAACGGUGCACACAGGGUGGUAAAUAUCUGCCCCCCAUUUUAAUCUACUGGAAUACCCUCUCUUUAUGCGGAGCUUGUCAUCUAUCAUUGUGCGUUGGAACUCCUACUGUUAUACUGAAUGUUGAUUAAUUCUCACAUAAAGCCACUUUAUUUGCUGUGUAGCUGUUGCAGCCUUAAAUAGAAUAAUGGUGUAACUCCUCGAAACGCCGGUGGUGCUUCAUAUUUUAGACGUUGGGCUGUUUACGUCUCCAUAAUGGCUUCCUCAUACCGAAAUGUGGCAGCUGCUCAUAAUUGGUGCCAGUCGCUAACUAUGUAUUUUGUGUAUUUUCUUGUCAAAUUCUAAAAUCUGUUGUGAAUCGCAAUGUUUAAUGUGUCACUGUGCGAUAGGCGUGGGCUGCUCACGGUUUUAAAAGGUUUGUUUUUAGAUCGCUACAGAAACCUUUCUUCCUGUUAACACUUUAAGUGUGAUGCCCUCGUAUUUUUCAGACUUUUAUUUUGAAGUAGGAAAGGACGUAGUUCUGGAGUUGCCCCGAAUCGACAGUCUUCAUAUUAUUUUUGGUUGACAACAUUCUUAAAUCAUUUGGGUGGAAGCAAUUUGAGUACUGCGGGGGGAAAACUCCACCUCUACUAGCUAACUGUUAGCCGCUAAGAAGUGAAAGUUGGCAUGUCCUUCGAAGCCCUGUGUCUGAGAACAAAAAUGAAAUCGAUAAUCGCAGAACACAAAUCGAAGUUUCUGAAACCUCUAUUGGCAACAUUGGUAUUCCCCAAAUUAUUGCUAAAAUCUCAUUUCACUCUCAUGGCCUAGAAGUAUUAUUUCAUCGUUAAUAGGAAACCGACUGCAGGCUCAAUGCAGCUAAUUUUAGCUUAGUAUACUUGUGUUACUCUAUAAAGAGCAGAAUGGUAAAAUAUUCUGCACAAUAAGGUUUAGCUGCAAGUUGGUAAUAAAUGUCUGAAAAAUAUCAGGUGUUAUUCUAACAUGUUAAUGUGUUAAAUAUUGCAUUUUUUAUUGUUUUGGAAAUAGAAAAUGUACCAAAACACCUCAAACCGGCCCAAGCCUAUUGGUCAAACACUGUCUGGAUUUCUAAAGAGCUUUUUUUUUUUUAUGUAUGUAUGUUCUGUAAAAAUAAAAUAAAAACACAAUCGGUAUAAGCAGCUCCAAAUAACACCGAAAAACAUCUUUUUAGUAAUAAGAAAUGUAUUCCAGAUCCUGCAGUGACUUACUUUCAUGCGACGGUGAGGAAAAUCCUCAAUGAGCCGUGGCUCAGGAGGUUUUCCGAUUCUUAUUAAAAGCGUCGUCCCACCGCGGUAUAUCGGUCACAUCCUUAGAGGAGAUUAAAUGAGCACAUGCGAGCUCCACGUCUCAUCAGCUUCGUCCCCCGAGUGCAGUUUUUAUUAAAUGAAAAAUGGGAGGGUGAAAGGCUGUUGUCUCGCCACAAAAAGAUGUCAUACGGUCUAGCUCACCAAUGCCUCUUAAUUCCUUAUUAUCUCCUGGAAAACUCAAAGUGAACAUUGGAUAAGUGCACGUCGCACUAAAAUAAAUGUCUCUUUUGACAUUUUUGUUACUCAAAUCCUAUUUUUACCUGCUUAUAGCUAGACACUAGGAGCGUAGAAACAGACUUUGAUUGCUCCUGUGUCGACGGUAAUUCAUAUGUCUACUGAUAAGAUAUACACUGCCUGCCUCAUGUCAGCCUGUAUGAUAAAGCUACAAGAGAGAAUUAGAGUAAAGUCAUUUUACCUACCAACACUAAACUUCUUAUAAAAAAAAAAAAACUUUAUGGAAUAUACUGGGGAUUAUCCAGUCACGGCAUCGUGACGUACUCUGAAACGUGCAAUCUUCUUGAUGUUAUGUGCUUAAAACAAACAAAAAAAACAACAACCAGACUAUCUUUCCAAAUUGUCCAGAUGCCAGAAAUGUGGACAGCUACUGUAAAUCGAUGCUUUCUCUACUGAAUGUAAAUUAUUUCUAUCAAACUGUUUCCUCUUUGCCCUUUGAGACAGAACCAACGUCUUAACAUCUCAAGCAUCCAGAACCGGUACUAUGAAGCACCGAGACAACUUCAGGUUGACCGCUUGGGUUUUUCAGCGCCACACCCAGCAGGGAGGAACGGUGCUUAUUUCCUUCGCGCGUCACGACUUAACGUUUAUCGAACCGUUACCGACUCCACCUAUUUAGUACGACUUGAAAACCGGUGGCGACUUUCAUAGUACAGGCCUCUGUAUUUGAGCUGUAUUCCUGCUCUAUCUGAAGUCUUUACGUGCUUAUUGUUUCUUUACAACAAAAAAAUACUCAAUGUUUGUUAUAUUAAGUGGAAAUGAAAGGUAGUAAACUGUCUUCUGUGUUAUCAAAAUCAACCUCACUUUUGGUUUCGAGCCUUGCCUCUGGUUGUAUCCUGUGGAUUCCUGAGCUUCUCCUACGUGUUUGAACGGUUGUAAAUCUGACCCUUUGAAUCAUUUAACCUGCGAAUGUGUAGUUUUGCUCAAUAAGUGUCCUCUCUGAUCAAAAUGCCUGUGAUAUUUUUCUUUCCUUUCUACUAAAAACCGAAACAUCUGCGAUAACCAGCUGUCUCAUGACAUCAGUGCAACUUGACGUAUUUCUAUACCUGUGUCUGUCCUGUUGUCCAAAUAAACUGGCAGUGAUGUCUACGCCUCUGC